ACCAACUAACCUCUUCUUCGCUUUCCCACUCCCGCCGCACCCCGCACACGUUUCCGUCGAACACCUCGCCGCCAUGGCCACCACGUCGUCCCGCUCCAACUCCAACCCCGGCUCCGACGACGACGACUCUACACCAGCCAUGCGCCGACUCCGCCGCCUCUCCCUCCACCUCCUCCAGCCCGAGGGCCCCGCUUCCUCCCACCUAGCCCCCGCGGCGUGCGCGGCGAGGCGGCGCCUGGAGGCGGACGCGGCGGCGCUGGCGGCGUACAUGAGGGGCCGGCACCGCGCGAUGCAGGCGCGGGUGUACGAGUUCUACGUGGCGCGGCCGGAGCUGCAGACCCCCGUGGAGCUCCCCACGGCGGCGCACCGGGAGCUCUGCUUCCGCCAGAUGGCCGCGCUGGUGCGGGACGCCGGGGUGCGCCCGCUCAGCCUCAUGGCGGCCGACCCCGCCGAGUACUUCGCCGUCAUGGAGGCCGUCGGCGGGCUCGACAUCUCCCUCGCCAUCAAGGUCGGCGUCCAGUACAGUCUAUGGGGUGGUUCUAUAAUAAAUCUAGGAACAAAGAAGCAUAAAGAGAAGUUCUUCGACAAGAUCGACAAUUUGGAGUAUCCAGGCUGCUUUGCCAUGACAGAACUGCAUCAUGGAUCCAAUGUUCAAGCCCUGCAGACUACUGCUACAUUUGAUCCUGUUAAUGAUGAGUUCAUUAUUGAUACCCCAAAUGAUGGAGCCAUUAAGUGGUGGAUCGGCAAUGCAGCUCUCCAUGGAAAAUUCGCCACUGUUUUUGCAAGGUUGAUUUUACCCCUUCAGGGAAAAGGAGGGGAACCUGCUGACAUGGGCAUUCAUGCUUUCAUUGUCCCGAUACGGGACCUUGAAACACAUGUGGUUCUUCCAGGAAUUGAGAUCAAUGAUUGUGGGCACAAGAUAGGCCUAAAUGGUGUAGAUAAUGGUGCACUGAGGUUCCGUUCAGUUAGGAUACCCCGGGAUAAUCUUCUGAACCGAUUUGGUGAUGUUGCAAGAGAUGGAAAAUACACAAGCAGUCUCCCCACAAUUAACAAAAGGUUUGCAGCAACUCUUGGUGAGCUUGUUGGGGGACGAGUUGGUCUUGCAUAUAGCUCUGUGGGGGUACUCAAAGUUGCAGUAACCAUUGCUGUUAGAUAUGCUUUAUUGCGUCAGCAGUUUGGUCCACCUAAGCAGCCUGAAAUCAGUGUGCUGGAUUACCAAUCUCACCAGCACAAACUAAUGCCUAUGCUGGCAUCGGCAUACGCAUUUCACUUUGCCAGAGGAUAUUUGGUGGAUAAGUACUCGGAAAUGAAGAAAACUAAUGAUGAGGAUCUUAGCGCUGAUGUCCAUGUACUUUCAUCUGGGUUGAAAUCUUACAUAACUUCAUACACAGCAAAAUCUAUUAGCAUAUGCCGGGAGUCGUGUGGUGGCCAUGGGUAUGCUGCUGUUAAUCGUUUUGGUGGUCUGCGCAAUGACCAUGAUAUAUUCCAAACAUUCGAAGGAGACAAUACAGUUCUUUUGCAGCAGGUUGCUGGAGAUCUCCUGAAGCAAUACCAACAAAAAUUUAAGGGGGGAACAAUCUCAGUCACCUGGAGCUACUUGAGGGAAUCCAUGAGCACCUACUUGUCCCAGCCUAAUCCCGUUACGGCUCGAUGGGAAGGGGAAGAUCAUCUACGAGAUCCCAACUUCCAGCUGGAUGCAUUCAGGUACCGAACAUCUCGGUUACUGCAUAGUGUUGCUGCUCGACUCCAGAAGCAUAUGAAGACACUUGGAGGUUUUGGUGCGUGGAACAGAUGUUUAAACCAUCUGCUCACACUUGCAGAGUCACACAUUGAGUCUAUCAUCCUUGCAAGGUUUAUAGAAGCAGUGAAAAGCUGCCCUGACGAGAAAACACGUGAAGUGCUGAAGCUGGUGUGCGACCUCUACGCCCUCGACAGGAUUUGGAAUGACAUCGGGACAUAUCGCAAUGUAGACUACGUAGCGCCAAACAAAGCCAAGGCUAUCCAUAAACUGGUAGACUACCUCAGUUACCAAGUGAGGCUUGUGGCACGAGAACUUGUCGACGCCUUCGAUCUUCCUGACCAGAUCAUCCGCGCGCCGAUCGGCAUGCAAUCAGAGGCCUAUGCCCAGUAUACACAGUUUGUCGGCUUCUAGGCAGUCAACCAACACAUACUUACGAAUACAAUUCCACUACCAAGUUCGGACAGUCGGUGCAAGUUGCGCAAUACAAACUUCUGCCGUACAGCUAAUGUUGUAAGUAAAAAAUGGAAGUGUAUAAUAAGGUAAAUAAUAGACGAGAGGUAGUUUAUGAGUGGUCACGUUGUGAAUAAUUUUUUGUCAGAUUGUGUUCUGGUUCUGGCAGAGUGCUGUGAAUAAAGCUCUUCCUCACUUGUGUUCUCAAACUUCAGAAACUCUGCAAGUAACAAUGUCUGACGAACCAUAGAUUGAACCA